UUGUCCGAUCACGAAACUGCGCCACCCGUGCGUCCAAACAAGUCACCUUCGUCGUGUCCGGUUCUUUGACGAAACUCGAUCGUUCUCCGCCGCCUCUCGGAUUCUCUGAUCACUCCGAAUCCGACAAUUAUAGCAACCAGAUUGAAAUUUCGGUCGAGCUGUCCUAAAUUAUCCCCUGAAUUGGUGUACUUUGAAGGUUUAAUCCCUCUCUAUCCCUGAGUCCAUUCCCAAAUCGAAGCUUAACUUCAUAGGACUCAAAUUUGGGAAGGAUUCGAUGGGUUUGGUAAACUGCAAUCUGGGUUUCUUCUGUACAAUUCAAUGAUCAUUUUUUUUAUGCGAAUCAUAUUGGUAGAUGGGCUUGAAGGAUACAGUCGUGCUAUUAGGGAUCCUAUGGAGCUUCCAGGUCACGUUAGGGAUUAGGUUCGUGAUAGACAGAGAAGAGUGCUUCUCCCAUAAUGCCCAGUAUGAAGGCGAUACGCUUCACACCUCGUUCGUUGUCGUCAAGUCCGAUUCCCAGUGGCAUUAUAACGAUGAUGGUGUAGAUCUUGUGAUUCACGGCCCGACAGGUGAACAAGUGCAUGACUUCCGGGACCAGACAAGCGGCAAGUUCGAGUUUAUGGUCCAAAAGAAAGGGGUUUACAGAUUCUGCUUCACGAACAAGUCUCCUUAUCACGAAACCAUUGACUUCGACGUACAACUCGCUCAUUUUGCAUACUACGAUCAGCACGCAAAAGACGAGCAUUUUACGCCAUUGAUGGAGCAGAUAUCCAAGUUGGAAGAGGCCCUUUACAACAUUCAAUUUGAGCAACACUGGUUGGAGGCUCAGACCGACCGUCAGGCUAUCGUGAACGAGAACAUGAGCAAAAGGGCGAUUCACAAGGCGAUGUUCGAGUCAGCGGCAUUGGUCGGAGCCAGCGUCCUACAGGUUUAUCUUCUCCGCCGCUUGUUCGAACGCAAGCUCGGUAUUUCUCGUGUUUAAGUAGUUUAUCUCUCUGCCUUCUAGUUUAUCUCUCGGAUCCAAACUUUAACAAAAACUACACAGACACCAAGUUAGUUCCUCCUCCGCUCACAGGUUUUGGUUUUUUUUUCCUCAGAUAUAUCAAGAAAUAAUGUAAAUCUUUUUUUUUUUUAAUUAAUGUGAAAUAGAGGGCAUACUCAUUUAAGAUAUCUUCGUUUUCGUCCGGA